AUGUGCCUUUACACUAGAGUAGCUAGGUUAAGGUGGCUUCACACUAGAGAAGCUAGGUUCUGGUGCAUUUACACUAGAAUAGCUAUGUUCAGGUGCAUUCACACUAGAGUAGCCAUGUUUAGGUGCAUUCACACUAGAGUAGCUAUGUUCAAGUGCCUUUACACUAGAGUAGCUAUAUUCAGGUGCAUUUACACUAGAGUAGCUAGGUUCAGGUGCCUUCACACUAGAGUAGCUAUGUUCAGGUGCCUUCACACUAGUGUAGUUAAGUUCAGGUGCCUUCACACAAGAGUAGCUAGUCAUUAUUUAUCCAAAAUGUCAAAAAAAAUUAAUUACACAUCAAAGCCCUUAAAAAAUUUCAAUUAA